AUGGACCGCGGAGCUGCGGCGGCCCAGGGCACUGCCCCGCCUCAGGAUGGAGAGCAGCCCGCGGAGUCGCCAGAGCCGCCGCCGCCGUGGCCGCCGCCGGAGACGCCGCCGCCGCCGCCGGCUCCCGGGUUGCUCCACGAGCCUUCGCCAGAACCGGCACCACAGUUCUGUCUAGAGCCUGCUCCAGAAACCUGUCCGGAGACGGCUCCAGAACCAGCCACAGAAAUAGACACAGACCCAACCCCAGAACCAGACUCAGAACCGGCCCCAGAACUAGACCUAGAACCGAUCUCAGAAGCAGCCCCAGAACCAGUCACCCCACCGGUCCCAGAGCCGGCCCCAGAGCCGGCCACCGCACUGGUCCCAGAACCAGCCACAGAGUCCUGCGCUGACCCCUCUCCAGAGUCCCGUCCGCAGCCAAGUCCACCACUGUGUCUGUUGCAGCGGUCGGCGGCCGCUCCAGAGAGGGGUGUGAAGACCGUAUCGUCGCCCCGAAGGCCAGUGCCACUGUCCAGUAUAAAGAAAAUACUGAAGGAGGGACCUUUGCUAAAGAACUGUAACUCUUUCCAGAGAUGGAAGCUUAGAUACUUUUUAGUUCGAGGACAAAGACUUUGCUUUGCACAUCAUCCUGCGUUUGCACGCUUUGAAACAGUUGAUCUGUCUCAGGUCGCUUUGGCAGAAAGCAGCUGUAGAAACCUUUGCCACGGUUUUUGUGUGAUCACACCACAACGAAAAGUUACCCUGGCUGCACCAAACCGGAAAGACAUGGAAGAAUGGAUUAAUGUCAUAAAAACCGUCCAACAGGGAGAAAUCCGUAAGAUACCUGCAGCUGAAAACAAUCCUUUCCUCGUUGGGAUGCACUAUUGGUACUCCAGUCACAGCCCCCGGACGCAGCACUGCAAUAUUUGUCGGGAGAGCAUUCCUGCCUUAUCUAGAAAUGUCAUCGUCUGUGAAGUGUGCAAAGUGAAGUCUCACAGAUUAUGUGCUUUGAGAGCUAGCAAAGAUUGCAAGUGGAAUACUUUGUCUAUCACUGAUGACCUCCUUCUGCCUGCUGAUGAAAUAAAAACUAUGCCCCAUCAGUGGGUAGAAGGAAACUUGUCUAUCAGUUCUCAAUGUGCAGUUUGUCAUGAGAACUGUGGCAGUUACCAAAGACUUCAAGAUUUCCGGUGUUUGUGGUGUAAUUCUACGGUGCACGAUGACUGUCGCAGACGGUUUUCCAAGGAAUGCUGGUUUGGGAGUCAUCGGUCAUCAGUCAUUCCUCCCACUGCCCUCAGCGACCCCAAAGGGGAUGGCCAAUUAGUCGUAUCUUCAGACUUCUGGAGUCUUGAUUGGUCAUCAGCCUGUUCAUGUCCCCUUCUCAUCUUCAUCAACUCAAAAAGCGGCGAUCAUCAAGGGAUCGUCUUCCUCAGAAAAUUUAAGCAGUACCUUAACCCAUCUCAAGUGUUUGACCUGUCGAAGGGUGGACCUGAAGCAGGGUUAUGCAUGUUCAAGAACUUUGCUCGCUUUCGCAUCGUGGUUUGUGGUGGAGAUGGCAGUGUGAGCUGGGUCUUAUCUCUGAUUGAUGCUUUUGGACUACAUGAAAGGUGUCAGCUGGCAGUCAUCCCACUUGGAACUGGCAAUGAUCUGGCCCGUGUCCUAGGCUGGGGUGCAUUCUGGAACAAAAACAAGUCACCUCUGAACAUCCUCAACAGAGUAGAGCAGGCUACUGUGAGGAUUCUGGACAGAUGGAGUGUGAUGAUCCGUGAGACCCCUAGACAAACCCCAUUGCUGAAAGGACAGGUUGAAAUGGAUGCACACAGAUUUGAGGCUGCUGCCAUCCAACACUUAGAAUCUGCGACCACUGAGCUGAACAAAAUCCUGAAGGCCAAGUACCCUACAGAGAUGAUCAUUGCGACCAGAUUUCUGUGCUCAGCAGUGGAAGAUUUUGUGCUCGAUAUUGUAAAAGCCUGGCGUCAGAUAAAAGAGAACAAUACAGCAGUAGAGUCUGUGAUUUUGAAAAGUGACAUCAUGUAUGACAAGCUCAGUGUCCUGAUUGAUGUCCUGGCUGAGGAGGCAGCAGUUGAGAGGAGUGCUCCAGAAUGUGCAGACAGCAGCCAUGCCGAUGGAAAGCCCUUUAUCCCUCAAAUAGACCACAUGACCAAGUGCAAGCUGGAGCUGGCCACGAAGGCCCAGAAUCUCCAGAAAUCCUUGAAACUCAUUAUAUUCCAAGUUGAACAAGUUCUGGAUGAACAAAGCCGGCAGACAAUAUCGGUUAAGAACUUUACUUCAACUUUUUUCCUGGAAGAUGACUCAGAAGAUAUCAACCAGACAAGCCCAAGACACCGUUCUCAUCAUGGAACUUUGUCUUCUAUAUCUUCUCUCAAAAACGAAGACCUAGAUAACCUCAAUUUGGAGCACUUACACUUUAAACCUGAAACUAUACGCUUCAAAGAAAGGUGUGUUAUGAACAACUAUUUUGGAAUUGGACUGGAUGCUAAAAUUUCUCUGGAGUUCAACACCAGAAGAGAUGAACACCCAGGGCAAUACAAUAGUCGUCUUAAGAACAAGAUGUGGUAUGGCCUUCUGGGAAGCAAGGAACUUUUGCAGCGCUCUUACAGGAAACUGGAAGAAAGAGUGCACCUGGAGUGUGAUGGAGAAGCCAUAUCCUUGCCCAACCUGCAAGGUAUUGUAGUGCUCAACAUUACCAGUUAUGCUGGCGGAGUCAACUUCUGGGGAAGCAGCUCAGCAACCACGGAAUAUGAGGCUCCUGCAAUAGAUGAUGGGAAGCUGGAGGUGGUGGCGAUCUUUGGCUCAGUGCAGAUGGCAAUGUCCCGUAUCAUCAACUUACAUCAUCAUCGCAUUGCCCAGUGCCGUGAGGUAACAAUAAGCAUUGAUGGUGAAGACGGUAUCCCAGUGCAGGUGGAUGGGGAGGCCUGGAUUCAGCAACCAGGCCUUAUCAAGAUUAAGUACAAGAACGCUGCCCAGAUGUUGACAAGAGAUCGGGACUUUGAGAACUCAAUGAAAACGUGGGAGUGCAAGCACAGUGAAAUUCAAGCUGCCUCUCAACCCCAGCUGGACUCCCAGGAAUCUCAGGAUAGCCUCUCAGAUGAGGAAUAUGCUCAGAUGCAGCACUUAGCUCAGCUUGCAGAAAACCUCAUCAGCAGACUUUCUGACCUGAGCAAGGUCCACCAGCAUGUGUCUGUCCUCAUGGAUUCUGUGAAUGCCAGUGCUAACAUCCUGAAUGACACAUUUUACAGUCAAGACAAUGAGGCAGGCGCAGCUUCCUGCACUCCCAUUGAGACUCUAAGCAGAAAUGAUGCGGUAGAUGUUACAUUUAGUCUUAAAGGGCUCUACGAUGACACCAAAGCUUUCCUGGAUGAAAAGUUGCUGAGAAAUACUGAGGAUGAGACCACACUGCAAACUGCCUUGGAUGCCAUGAAUAAGGAGUUUGAAAAGUUAUCUGAGAUUGACUGGAUGAACUUUAUCCUUGCUCCAGAGGGAAAGUCUCCAGACACGGACAGUAGAAGCCUCAGAUUAAAAAUUAAGUUCCCCAAAUUGGGGAAGAAGAAACUAGAUGGGGAAGACAAGCCCAAAUCAGGCAAAGGAGUCCAGAGUUUGAUUGGAAAUUUGUGGCAUCGUAGAAGUCGUGAAGACAAAGAAAAAGAUGAUGAUCCUCCAACAUCAUCAAGAUCUCAACUGUAGUCUUGAAAACUGGAAGGAGAACUCACAACAUUUAGCAUUCUACUACAAACCUCAAUACAGGCUAGACUAAAUUGUUCCAGAACAAACAUGAGCACCACCAAGAAAAACCCUCCAGUUCUUUAUACUAAUACAUUUUUCCUGGACUCAAUCAGGUCUUCUUAGAGGAUUGCAUUUUCUCAUUGGCCAAAGAUUCUUGUUCUGAGUUGUCUUGUUCAUUUCUCCUCUUUGUGCCUCUGGAGCAACUUCAGUAUUUAAUUGGGAUAUGCUCUUAUGAAUGGCCUGUGUUCUACAAAAGAUUCAAGGGAAUUCAAGUUCAUCUCUUCAGGGAGUUUGGAAAUGGUUUUCUCUGACUGGCAGAGAAACUGUUGAUGCUAGGGAAUGAGUGAAAAAUAUUCUCAGGGAGAUGAGGAGAGGGGUGAGGACAGCCAGGCUCGGUCGUUUCUCCCCCAAUCCCAGCCAGUUGCAACUUCAGGAUGUCUCUUCUAGCUGAAUUAUGAAGACGAGAACUAGGCCUGGGGGGCUUUUCCACUCACCUAUUACAAUGACCGUGUGAGGUCUCUGUUGUGGACACAGUGACUGCUUUCUCUUGCUGCAAACCUUUUGUGUUUUUCCAUGUGUACAUGUAUGUCUUUACACAUGUCCAGGUGCUCGGGUGGCUGGGUGAGCUAAUUCACUAGAACUCACCCCUACGGCAACCACAUAGGCCCCUUCAUACUACCUUGACACUAGCCUGCUUGCCUCAUGGAGUGUUUGCCUGCAUUCUCACUGGAUAUUUUAAUGGUGUCACCACUGUGCUGCAGUAUAGAUUAUGUAUAGAGACAUAAAGAUGUGUGUGUAUAUAUUAUAUAUGUAUACGUAUAUAUAUAUAUGUAUAUGUAUAUAUGGAACUGAAAAGACAACUCGACCUCUAAGUGACCCUAUAAUUUAUUGUGCUAAUCCAGGAAUCCCUCCCCACCCAGAUCUUGUCCCCCAUCCCUACUACCCAACACACACACAUACACCUCUACCAACUGCCCUAGUUCUUGGUGGAGCUUCUAAUCUUUUGGUGCAUUUUCAGUGUCUUAGAAGUAGCUGGACUCUACCUAUACCCAGCUUACUCUGACACCCCCUUAAAAUUCUGAGCCAGCCCAUAGAAAGGUGAAUAAAAACACCAAUGCCCUGGAGAAGGGGACUAAGCUGGCAUGCUGCCAUUUUUGCUCUGUCUGUCCUGAAUUUUACAUCAGCAACUGCCCUAACCUGUGCUGUCCCCUCCCCCCAGUGAAAAACCACGUGGAGCGUCGAGCUCUGUGUCUUAGAUACCUAAGCUAGGGACUGCCUGUCAACCAAGUCAUAGCCUAGGCCCUUCCCCACAAGCUCCAUCUUGGCCUGCAUCUUCUGAAUAGGCAGUUGGGUCAGUUCCCAGGUCACCUUCGAAUCUCUAUCUUGUCCCUUCCUCUAGAGUACAGAGGGGCAAAGUGACCAGAACAUGAGCCUGGGAAAAUCUAACAGCUUCUGCUUCUCCCAUGGUUCUUCUUCCAAAAUUCUCAUGAAAAUCAACUAGUCUAAAAUUGCUCCAAAUACCAAUCCCCAUUUUUAAAAUAAUUGCUCCCAGUCAAAUUGAAACAAAUUCCAGUUUCCAGAGAGCUUCUCUCUGGUUUGCCUUGCAUCCCCACUCCACCCUCAACUGAGACCUUUCUGGGUAAGUGACCCUUCCCACUUAUCAAAAGAAAGCCAGAAAACUGGCCUUUCCCCACUUCUCAAACAUAGCGUGCUCAAUUACCUGACUCAGUCCAGUGAAUGGUUCAUCAAGGUGCACAAUUCAGACUCCAAACACUGGUUCUCAGCUCUGGAACUCCACCAGCCUAGACCACUUAAACCAGCCACCUGUGUUCCACCUCUGCAGGGGUGAGGAGAAAAAUUCUAACAAGGGGAUUGUCCCCAAAUGUCUGAUUGCUGUGCCAAACAAACAAAAGCACUAGCUCUACAACCAGAGAAGAAAGUUAAUGGAAAAGGAUGAGAGAAAACAUUUAAAACUUAUUUAAGCAUCAGAAUAUGUUAACUUACUGUACAUAUUUGAGUGGAGAGUGUACCAUUGCUGUGUCUUUAGCUUUAUCUGCAUCACUCUUUCUUCCCAGGAGGAGGUAUUAGAUCAAAUCAGCAAGGUCACCAUUGCAGCCCAGCUCGCCAGCUUGCCACCUCUGCAGUUGCACACAUUAACACCUGCACACACUCACUCACAGAGUUGGGAACCAAGGGCCUUUUCCAACAUGGAAAAUUGCCAGAUGGACAAAUUUAAGGAAACAGAAGUAAGUCCUGGGAGAGGGUAGCCUUAUCUUGGCAGUGCCUAAGCAGGACUAUGUCUUGUAGUUAUUUUUAUCACCAAUGAUAGUAAACUGUGAUAGGACUCCAUCUCUUGUGCUUAUUUUGCUGAAUUACUAUACAUUUGUGUAUUGUAAUGAUUCUGUUGUUCUGUUGUACCAUCUUUAUUCCCUUACACCCACUCUGUCCUCCCACCCUGAGUCAGAAUAUCGAAGGAAACUACUAGGAUUUGGGGCUAAAGUCCACUCAUGGAAGAGAAAUGACAACUACUGAGGCCCAGGAGCAGGUGUGACUUGUUAAAACACUUGGUCACCUCCUAAAUUGCUUAGUUACCAGUUGCUUCCCCAAAAGGAAGACGGCUUGCUGAGCACCUGCUCUUGCAUAUACCAGCUUGGAAACAAAGUGAGAAGUGGUAUGUCUUGAAAGAAUUGGCUUAGCCUCUGGAAGCCUAAAUUCCUUUCAUAACUUGAUGGUUAACUAUUUGCAGUGAUAUAAUUAAUAGUGUGGUGGAACCAGACACCAAAUACCCACCUCAGUUAUGUUCAGAGAUGCCAUUAAGAGGCAAAGCUCUGGGGUUUGGUUGUAUCUUUGGUAGCACUUUCUGUGGAAUUAAGUGAGCAAUUCCUGGCUGAAAGAACAGUGGGGAAGGGGAAUUUCAAUAGAUUUGUACCACCACCAACUGCUUCUGGUGUCAAUACUACAGGACAACAGCUGUCAGUUCUCCCCUCCAAGAAGACCCUAUUGUGUCCAAAAAGGAGAGGGGAAGAAAAAAGAUUUUCAAUGUAAUAGAGAAGGUUAAAGGUUGAUCAGAAGAAACAGUGGAAGGAAAAACAUUCAGGACACAAGUAGAAGAAUUUUAGUUUCGUAAGAGAUAGAAACUAAUACCAAAGCAACCAAACCCAUUAGUGCCAUUGCAUCCCAUAAAAGACCUUGAUUGGCUAUAUGGUUUGUGGAAUUGCAUUUGUCUAUUUGUCUGUUAAUCUGUAAUCCAUGUUGUUGAUUGUUUUUUGUUCUUGUUCUUGUUUGUUUCCUCAGAGGUCCCUGCAAACAAGCAGCUGGGCCAGGGGCUGGUUGGGGGAGGAAACUGGGGCAGUUACGGGGUAAAAGCAGAAAGAAAAGGUCCACGAAGUGUGCCUAUUCCUCCUCCCCGCAAAAAUGGAACACCAGUCCUCAAAGUUAAUAAAGUUUUGCUUCUUAAAAUAUUUUAAUA